AUGCAGCGCUCGAGUCGCGUCGCCGCUCGUCUCACGCGCCGCUCGCUCCACGCGCUCAGCCGCCCGCCGAGCAGCAGCCGCCGCAGCGAUCGCACCUUCAGCCGCUUGUCGUUCCGCACGCCGGCGCUGCGUCGCGUCGGCGUCGCGCCCCGUCGCGCGUGGUUCACAGCCAGCGCCGACGCGGUCGUGGACGUGAAUGUCCCGUCUAUGGGCGAUUCGAUUUCAGAGGGAACCGUCGUGGAUUGGCUGAAAACGACGGGCGACAGCGUCGGCGCCGACGACGUUGUGGUUGUCAUUGAGACGGACAAAGUGAGUGUCGACGUGCGGGCGCCGCACUCGGGCACAAUUACGGCCACGUUGGUCGACAAGGACGAGACAGUGGCGAUUGGCGUCCCGCUCUUCCGCUUGCAACGGGGCGCAGCGACGACAAACGAGUCGCCUGCAGCUGCUCCAGCAGCACCGGUCGCGGCCGAGUCGCCGCCCGAGCGCGUUGGAAACGCUGUGCCAACCACCGACGAGCGCGCUGCUGCGCCGGUCGCGGCUACAGAGGCGCAGCGUUCUGGUGACGCGCUGUUGCUUGCAACUUCUGAGCGCCGCUGCCGUCGCGAGAAAAUGAGUCGCAUGCGCUUGCGCACGGCCGAGCGACUGAAAGAGUCGCAGAACACGGCCGCGAGUCUCACGACGUUUCAGGAAGUUGACAUGUCGAAGCUGUUGGCGUUGCGGAAAGUGUACAAGGACGCGUUCGAGGCCAAACAUGGCGUGAAAUUGGGCUUCAUGUCGGCGUUUGUGAAAGCCAGUGCGUCGGCUUUGCUGGAAGUGCCGGGCGUGAAUGCUAUGAUUGACGAGAAGCACCAGGAGAUUGUGUACCGUGACUUUGUCGACAUGAGUGUCGCGGUGUCGACACCAAAGGGUCUGGUGACACCCGUGCUGAAGAACACGGAGUCGAUGAGUUUUGCCGAUGUUGAAAAGAGCUUGGCUGAGCUUGCAAUACGCGCUCGCGAUGGCAAGCUGUCGCUCGAAGAGAUGACUGGUGGCAACUUUACGAUCUCGAACGGCGGUGUGUUUGGCUCGCUUAUGGGCACGCCUAUCAUCAAUCUGCCGCAGUCGGGGAUUCUCGGUAUGCACGGCACGAAGAUGCGCCCCGUGGUCGUGGACGGCGAGGUCGUUGCCCGUCCCAUGAUGUACCUUGCGCUUACGUACGACCACCGCCUCGUCGAUGGCCGUGAGGGAGUCACGUGCUUGAAGGCCAUUGCCGACAAGAUUGAGAACCCGGAACGACUUCUUCUCGGCAUUUGA